AUGCAAGUUCAUGAACGUGUUCAUACAGGUGAAAAACCUUAUAAAUGUAACGCAUGUGAAAAAAGUUAUGCCCAGAAAGUGGGCUUAAAAAUUCAUUUGGAACAGUGUCGAAAAUAUGUAAACUGCCAACAACAAAUUACUCCAAAUACAGAAUUGGAUAAUGCUAAAACGCUCGAUGGUUUAUUGCCUAAAUAUUUGAAUAUACCAGAUGGAAUAGCUGUAACAGCAAUGCAAUAUCCCACUUCACCAUCCGUAUCGUCAGGUCGUGAUUUGAUUAGUCCUUCAUUAGGCCUAAAAUUAUCAACCUUACCUGCAACCAGUGCAUGUAAUACAACUACAUUAAAUGCAAAUGAUGGAAUAAUAGAUCAGAUAGAUCGAAAUGAUAUAGCUGAUGAGCAGAUAGUGAAAUAUGGGAAUGAAACCAGUGAAAUCAAGCAAUCUGCAUUUCAUGGAGUCGUUCCAGAUCCAUAUAAAAACACUCUGCUCGAUCCAUAUGAUUCACAGUUUUAUGCUUACAAACAAUUUUUGGAAGGUGGUAACUCACCUGGAGCAUUAUUCUCACAGCAAAUGAUACUUCAAAGUCAACAAUUACAACUUCUUCUACAAUGUCCAGAACAAUGGUGUAAUGUUUUAACACAACCGAUUAGCGUUUAUCCGUCCAUAGCUACGUUACCAGUUCUUAAUUCAACCGCUCAACAAUCUACACCUCAUCUAACAGCAAUUAAUAUUUCAAAUGAUUUUGCACCUUCUUCUGUUAAGCAUGAAUCUGCCAUGCAUGUGUAA